AUGAGGAAAGAAGACUGCAAGGGCCGAGAUCUGGCCGAGAGCCUCGAGCGCAUUGAUGUGUUAGAAGGCGAAAAUCAACAACUGUUGAGCGCACUCCGGUCGCUUGCGACAAGUCCAAACUUCCAACCGUCCGAGCACGACGACAUUAUUGAGAUUCUCUCAAAGUACUCGUCACAUGAGCAAAAGCAUGAAAGCCUUGGGAGCUCGAGCAGUGGAGCGCAAAGUAGCUCUAGCCUGAAGAGAGACACGGUUCAACGAAGCGCUGGCACGGACGGUACGACUAUAGAUUUCGAGGAGACCCGCAAAGAUCAUACCUUCGAGGAGGAAAACGUGUCGUCAAUGGUUGGAUCCCCUGGUAGGCAAGAUGAGCUGAGCAGGGUCGUGAACCUAGACUUGGGGAAAGGUGCAUCUGGAUUCAUAGGCAAAAUGUCAGAGAUCACCUGGAUCCAGCGGGCACGGGAGCAUAUAUCCAACCCUCCACAAGGAGCAGAGUAUGCCGUACUUCCGAAAGUCGGUCUCUCUCUCUCCGCGACGCAGGACUGUAACUAUUUUAUGGACGACCACAACGUGUUAGCUGUCGAUGAGGAUUAUGUCAAUGAGCUUGAUCGGCCACCUCUUGAGACUGCGGCAAUACUAUCCGAAUCAUACUUCCAUGCUUUACAAGGGGCCUUCCAUUUCGUAGGCCGAGAUGAUUUCUUGAAGACGCUUCAUACCUUUCCACAUCAGGAUGAACGCCUCCAAUGGAGUCAGCGCCGCUGGCUUGCGCUCGCCAACAUCGUGUGGGCAAUUGGCUCAAAGUGGUUGCAAAUCUCAAAGCUGGACUACCUCCAUCGCUCGGACUCUCAUCUCGUCUACUAUGCCAGAGCGAGGCGUCUGGGGCUCGAUCACAGGAUUAUGCUCGAUCAUCCGGAUAUUGAACGAGUCCAAGCCUUGGGAAUUGUUGCUUUUUAUCUGUUCCUCAAUGGUUCAAUAGCAAGGUCAUGGAACACCCUCGGACAGGCUACACGCCAUGCCACCGCGCUGGGAAUGCAUCUCAGAGUAGUUGAUCCUAACACCGAAGAUGAUGAGAAAGACAGGCGGGCACGUACCUGGUACUCUUUGUACAGUCUCGAAGUCCUCAUCGCCGAAGUGACCGGACGUCCAAAGUCCAUCUCAUUGUCAGAUGCGACCAUACCAAUGGAUUCUUUCCGCAAUCUCGAUGAUCCCAGCAUCACGCCUUCUGUAAGGCUAAGCAGUUCUGAAUCUUCGUCAAGUUUCCGGAAUUUCUGGUUGGAUUUCUUGAACAAAAAUAGAGACAUACCACAAGGAAUGACAGGCGGUGCAAUUCCUUGGAAAAAUUUCGCUACAGUGGGCCGCGGUUCGCCAGUGUCAUACUUCCCUCAAAGACUUCGUCUGUGUCGGCUCAGUGACAAGAUCGCAACGGAACUUUAUUCUGGAAGCUCGGAGUUAACGUGGGCGGAGAUUCAGCGGAAAAUUGGCGAACUGCAAACCGAGGUUCGAUAUUGGGUUGAGAACCUCCCUGAUGAUCUUUCCAUCCAAGGCAAGGCUCCGAUAGAAUCGGACCCCAGGGCCAAGAUUGAACUCGCGAUGUACUAUCACAGCGUUCAGAUGAUACUGCAUAGACAUUGCCUAUGUGAGAUUGUCAUCGAAAACGAAUCUGUGCGUUCUCAGGAGUUCAAUCGCAGCUCCGCUCGAGCAUGCGUCCAUGCCGCCAUGUCCAUGUUGGCCGUGAUGCCGGACAAUCCAAGUGUGCACGAGGCAAAUCAACUACUCCCUUGCUGGGCGCUUCUUCAUUACCUAGCACAGGCUGCUGCGGUGUUGCUGCUAGAACUCUCACUUGACUGUCGACAUUUCCCUACCGAAAGCGCCGAGGUGGUUGACUAUUUACGCAAGGCAAUGGCGUAUCUUUGGUGUAUGACUGAGAAUUCCUGCUCCGCAUACCGAGCGUGGAGGAUACUCAGAAAGCUUCUGUCUGAUGUUGCAGAGAGAUACGAAGAUCUGUACGUUGGGGAUAUCCCGUUAGAGGCUCGGCAGCCUGAUGAGUGGACUGAGGAUGACGAGUGUGUUAAGGAUCUUCCGUACAUAACACGAGAGGUGAAACCCUUAGGCGAAACCCUUCGGCGUUUGGUGUGA